CUCAGCCCAAAAACAUCCCAGCUGGACAUCUGCGGGAUGGCGACCAAAUUGACUGGACCCCGUGUUCCGCCCAAAGGCUCCCGUCAGCUGAAACCACCAGGCGAGGCGCGCUCCUCGGCGCCCCGGGUGUCCCAGGUGCAACGACAGGUGGACGAGGUGAAAUCCCUGGAGAAGCGCGCUGGCGACUUGGUUCGUAGUAAUGACCUGAGAGGUGCUUUGCAAGUGUAUGAGGAAUGCAAGGCACUCGUCCAAGAUGCUCUUGAAGGCCUUCCGAAGGACGACAUUUGCUACUCCACACUGGUAGACAGCAAGCACAGCGUGGAAGAGAAGAUUUCAAAGUGCAAGCAGUUUCUGCCAUUCGAGUACUUCCUGAAAGCGCCGAAGUGAAGCAGGUCUUUGACAUCAUUCUUCCAUGCCUGAUCAUUCGCAAAGAAUUGGCGACACUGGAGAUGUUGGGUGAAAAGAGAGAGCACACGUGUCGAUCCAAAGCGAGAGCACGAAAGCCCACCUCACACAUCGUCUUUAGGUUUCUUUACGGUGAUUCCUGCGAACACUUGACGGGUAUUUUGGUCGGCAUGAUGCCUAUGUAUGCCUAUAUAUAACCAUAUGUACUACUAUAUAGACUCAUCAAGUUUGCUCUUGUAUGUUGAUGGGGUUUUGGAGUUGAUUUCACUGUGAUUUGUUUUGGGAGCUUUCCUUGGAAAAACCUCUCGUGUUUCUGCCUCAAUGCGCUAUGCUUUGCUUCUCAAUGCCUUGGAGAGGAUCCAGCGCAUAACUAAUUCGCCCAUGAAGGGGACAAAGCCUCCUCUGGGUCCAGAGAGUGGUGGCACCUUCCUGGCAGCCUUCGAGUAUUCGGACAAGCUCAACCAACAGGUGCUAAGUUUGGAGGCAGACAACGUAGAACUUCAAGAUGGCAAGAAGUUGCUGGAGGCAGAGAAUCAGGCCUUGAAGGGGAAGAUUGCAGAGUUGCAGCUGCAGUGUGAAAAGCUGAGAGACACCUCCAUCCAUACGCACCAAGACAAAGAGGCUGCAAUCCUUCAAGCACGUGAAGCUUUACAGUCCAAGCAGGCUGAAGUGAUGUUGGCACGGAAAGCUGAGGAAGAUGUGAAGCAGCAAGUGGAAGCAAUUUCGGAGGAGAACUUGCGCUUAAGUGGGAUUGCAGAGAAAUUGCAAGGAGAGCGUUCUCAACUGCACCGGACUUGCCUGGGAUUGGAGGCAAGCAUCAAGUCAUGUCAGACGGAACUGGGCCAAAGGGCCAAGGCCGAGCAAGAUGGCUUGAAAUUACGAAAUGCCUUGGAGCUUCGCUUGAACGACCUCUCCUUGCAGAACAAGCGCCUCUCUGACAUGGCCGGCUUCUACCGAGCCGACCUUGCGCAGCUGCAAGAGCUCCGGGAGGAGGUCUUGAAGGAACGCCACAAGAGCACGCGUUUAGCCGAAGACCUGGAGCAUUCUCGGCGGGAUGUGGUUUGGCUUCGACAUCGUUUGGCCGAGCUGGACCAACGGAACAGCGAGAUCUGGGCAGAGGUGGAGCACUGGCGCCAUGCCGAGAAGGCGGCUACAGCUCACCACCCCAGGUUGGAAGAGGCGAUGAAGCGUGAGAGCGCUUUGGCUGAUACUCUUCGCCAGCGCAUCGCAGACCUUGAGGAGCAGGUGGCAAAAGCUCUCCACGCCCAAGCUGCUGCAGAGGCCGACUGCGCCGGCGCAAAAUCGCAGCUGGCUAGCAGCCGUUCAGAGAUUUCAAAGCUGGCCGAUGCGGCUGCACGCUUGGCCGCGGAGAAGUCGCAUGCCGAGCAGAUGGCCUCCUUGGCCCAUGCGGAGAAAGAGGAGGCACAUCGGAAGCACCAUGUGCUGGAGAAGGAACACCUUCCUAAGCUGAUGGCACAGCACCAGGCGGCUGCCGGCAAUGUGGGAGAUCUGCGACAUCGACUGGCACAGUUGGAAGGAGAGAACACGCUGCUCAAGGGCAAAGUCUCGGAAGCAGAGGUGUUGAUCAGAGGCUUAAGAGCUGAAUGCUCCAAGCUGCCGGGUCGACAUGCACGGGCCAGCUCUUCGACGCAUGAAGCGCCAACCUCGGACUUGCAACGGUCGAUUUCUGCAGUUCAUCCCAGCCCGUCUGAGGGUUAUCCUUGCAGUCUCACGCCAAUGGCCCCUUCGUUGAUGCCAAUGAUGCAUCCCAUGUCAAAAAUGAGGCACGGAUGGACUCACAUAUGCUUUUAGUUUAAGAGGUUCUCCUUUUGGACUCUUGGACUGGACCAAGUCAAGCCUCCAUGUCGGCCGGUCCGCAGAGAGUUCGCCCUUCUGCGCCGGUCCGCAGAACGUAGUGCUCAAGGGUCGGGACCAAAGUUUCAAGAGACCGCUGAGAGUCGCACGUCGCAAGCGAUGUUCACACUAUCAGGAGGUUUGCGCUCUUCGGUGCUGGGCUAUGUACAAAAUGUGCCGCAUGCUGCUGCGCAGGCAAGGCCUGAAGAAAGCAAGCCAGAGAUGUCCCGUUCUGAGAGUCUGGAUGGAGCUUACCAGAUUGGUGCGCAGAGGCGCAGCACUUCCUUGCUGGGGAUGGUGAGCCCCGAGGACCGGAAGCCCUCGGUGGAUGGAUGGACCGAGGACUUCGACCGACCUGGACCCAGCUUCAAAAUCGGUUGCCGUCGGAAGGCGGUGGCCCUCCUGUAGGAGCUGCCUUGGCUGAGGGGCCCAGCCUCUCACGUAGUAUAGGAGCAUCAAUUUGGAUGCUCAAAGGCCAUCUCCUUGGCUGAGACAACUAACUCGUGGCCGAACGGAGCAUGAACAGAGACGAAGUGAGUUCCUUGCAAAGGAAGCUGAGCUGUGGGAAACAUGCAUGGAGGAUCAUGGAGGUGG